AAUUUAAGGCGCGAAAGUAUGACAGAGAACAUAAGGCUUGAAGAUUCCAGUCCUCUCGCCACCGUAGAAGAUAUCCAAAAGCGCCUCCUCCGCCCUGCCUCGCUUCAUUCUCCGCCGGAAGGUUCAAACUCUUUGGCAUUGAAAGUGAAUUCGAAACAGAGCGGAAGAACAGUUAAAAAAAGGCUGGAAGAUUAUUUAGAUCCGGUCAUUCUAGCAGCGAUCUCGUCCAAGAUAAGCCGCUCAAAGAAGGUAAAAUUGGAGACGAAAUUUAAAGGAUUUGAGUGGCCUGUUGAUGAACUUAAGGUGUUCGUGGAAGAGGAUUCGAGGAACUCUAACGGAGGCAGCUGGAGAAACAAAGCCAUUGAUCUUAACGAUGAUUUCGAUGUGCUCCGGGAUGGCAGUGAUGGAGAUGAAGAGAUCGGUUCUCCGUUUCAGCGUGUGGGAAAAAAAACGGCGUUGAAAAAAUUCGAACAUUGAAGAUCUGGAAAUCCAAAAAAAAGAUUCAGCUGAGGUUCGUUAGUUCAUUGAAAAUUGGUGAAGAAAUUCGCGCGCUAGAUUUGAUCAAAAGGUAAGGUUCCUCAUUUUCUCUUUCACUGUUCUUCUUGCUUUCGCAGUUAACCAUUUUUGAAUCUUAGGAAACCAAAAUCCACAAGUAUUAGGAUCAGUUAUGGUUUAAUUCUUCCUCCAGCCCUUGUGUUCUUUAAACUUUUGAAAUUUAGUCUACUUUUAAUUUCAUGAAUUUAACAUUAACAAGGUUGUGAAUUGGACUUUAGUUUUUAAGUCAAACAAGUAAUGGAUUGAAUUCAUGAAAUUAAAAUUAGACUAAAUUUCAAAAGUUUGAAGAAUACAAGGGCUGGGGGAAGAAUUAGACCAUCAGUGAUUCACUCUUGAUCUUGCUUUAAUGGGCUACUCAGGCCUAAUUUAAAGCAGGCUUCCAAUGGCUAGAAACUUGCUAUUAUUUUUAGCAUAUAUGUCAACUAAACAUUCAUCGAACUAAUAAUUGAAACGAAUUAUAAUAGCUCAUUAUUCAUGAAUCAA